CGCAGACAUAUCAAAAUCUAGUGCUUCAUCGUGGACAUACCAGUUUCACAUUUAUUAUUUUGGAUGUUAUGGAUAAAAACAGUACUUAUUCGGAUAGUUCAUGGCCGCCAAACUUUUGGGGAAGAAGGGCGUGAGCAAGAAUUUUACAUCUUGGCAAUGGAACAGCUGGAGGCUCCUAUGCAGACUGACUGUCGCCUGAACCCCAGCUGGAGAUAAUUCACAAAGAAGAGAAUUAUUAUAAAAAAGGGGAGCAAACUCCCCUGAUUACCUCUUUCCCCUCAUCUCUACGCAUGGCAUAAACAAUACUUGAAAGACAAAAGACGCCUCAUAGAACUGGAGGAAAGGUCCUGGCUAAAAGGAUUCCAGACAGACUGCUAUAAACAUGUGGUCAGAUGAUAAUAGCCUUCUCGGUGUCCAUGGUGAUUGGAUUGGUGAUUGGAGGGAUAAUCUGGGCUUUGUUUACUUGCCUGUCCCGUCGCAGAGCCAGUGCGCACAUUUCACAGUGGAGCUCAUCAAUCUCUAGCCGCCGUUCCAGACCUGCUUCUCAGGGCCAUGCUGCCAACAGGACUGGAUUCUACCGUAACAACAGCUGUGAACGUCGUAGUAAUCUCAGCCUGGCCAGCCUCACCUUCCAGCGGCAAGCCUCCCUGGAGCAAGCCAACUCCUUCCCAAGAAAGUCAAGCUUCCGAGCCUCCACUUUCCAUCCCUUUUUGCAAUGCCCUCCGCUCCCUGUGGAAACUAACAGUCAGCUGAUUACUCUGUCUCCCACCAGCACCACCACUACCCUUGUGGGGACCACCACCAACAGCUUAACUCGUCCUGAAUUCCACUGGUCCAACAACAGCCUCCGCAUCUGUCAUUCAACACAAACACCUCCUCCUGCCUAUGAGACCAUCAUUAAAGCUUUUCCAGACUCUUGAACUGAAGUCUUUCUUUGUUUCUUUAAAAGGAGGACUCUCCACCAUCUAAAGCAGAUUUUCUGUUAUGCUCUGAAGGCCUCUGGGAAGCUCCCUGGUGCUGUGGCACGCUGAAGACAAACAGAAGGGACAUACAGAUGACACUGAUUUACUAGGGCAAGGUGUGGUAUCCUGCAGCCACAAGGAUCUUACCCCUCCUCCCCCGCCAACUGAACUGGUCUGCAGUGUAAUUCUGAAUUUAUAUUAUACCUUUAAUUUGUAAUCAUUGUAAGGCUUUUAGUUUAGAAGAAAGAAACUUCUGCAGUGUACAAAACUGGCAACUUAAAUGAAGAAACGAGCCACAUUAGGAACCAUUUGUUGAUAAUCGCUUAUUAAUUUCCUGCAAAGUUCACUCAUUCAUUAUGAUUGUUAGAAAUCCUGUUCUUAUACAUUUGUCUGUGAGUCUUAAGUUUUCAUUAGAUACUUUCCUUCAUCUCUUACAUCUUGGGCUGGUUCUAUGCCUCCUGAACCACAGGGUUUCCUAUAGUUCAGGAAUCCCUUGGAAGAAGUAGAGUUUAAAGUGGUUUUAGUGUCACAGUCUUGUGGCAGGUACUAGGGCCCCUGUUUUGAUAUUUGUAGGGGGCUCCAAAUGACCACAGGCCAGCCCUGUUUACAACAAAUUCCCAAAAAUAUGGCAAAAAAGAUGGAGUAUCCCAACAUUUGUGCAAUGGGAGAAAUUUCUAACCAACUGAAAAAGGAAUAACUCUAUAAAAGGACUUCAUUCUGCAACCUAACAGGGAUCACAUUUUAUUACCCUAUAAGGUUACAAGGAUACUAGUCUUGGUCCCUAAGAUAAACAACAUGAAUGGCAACUAUUUUUUAUUUGAGCUUCCUGUUUUUCUAUGGGAAUACUCAUUUCCUUUCUUUAAAUUGUUUCUCAAUUUGUACUAAUGUUUCAUCCUUCCUGAUGUAUAAUACAGUGAAAUCCUGCAUUUUGCUAAAAGAAAAUUUCUUAGAUGUCUAGGGUGAAAUCCUGGCCCGACAAAAUUCAAUGUCAAAACUCCCACUGACUCCAGGAUGUCAAGCCUCCAGUCUAUAAUAAUGAAACUGCUUUAGAGUAUGAAGAUGCUUAGGACAGAUUAAUUGCCUGGUUUUUGACUGUCAGACCUGUAGAGCUAUUAUAACAUGCUGGCCCACUGGCUUAGCGGUGACUGAUUGUAUUUACAUGUGAGAAGUCCAGGAUUGGGAGCAACGGAGAUAGCACAGAUACAUGGAGCCUGAUUCAACUCCCAUUGACUGCAACGGGAACUGGAUCAUUUCCAUGGUGGAUAGUCUCAGACAUGAACACAGAGAAGGGCAUUUCACUUUAGAGAGUACCACCUGCUGCACAGAGCUGGAUUAACUCUCCUGUGGGCCCGGGGCUAUUAGAGUGUGUGGAACCCCUGUAUGCAAGUCUUUUUCCUCGGAGGGAGUUUGGUGCAGGAGGGGGCUGGGGCUGGGGCAGGGGAUUGGGGUGCAGGAGGUGGUGCGGGUUUGGUAGGGAGUUUGGGUGCAGGAGAGGAUUCUGAUCUGGGGCAGGGGGUUGGGGUGGAGGAGGGGGUGUGAGGUGCAGGCUCCGGCUGGGAGGUGCUUACCACAGGUGGUUCCCGGUCGGCGGCGCAGCAGGGCUCAGGCUGCCUGCCUGCCUGUCAUAGCCCCACACUGCUUCCAGAAGCGGCUGGCUGCUAGCACGUCUCUGCGCACCCCUUGGAGGGAGGGGGGCAAUGGGUCUCCGUAUGCUGCCUGUGCCCGCAAGUGCUAUCCCCGCAAACGCCACCCCCACAGCUCCUAUUGGCCCAGAACCGGCCAAUGGGAGCUGGAGGGAUGGUGCUGGGGGUAGGGGCAGCACAUGGAGCCACCUCCUUCCCCUCCUCACCCCCCCGUGCCAGGGACCGCAGAGACGUGCCAGCAGCUGGCUGCUUCCGGAAGUGGUGCAGAGCUAUGUCAGGCAGGCAGCCUUCCUGAGCACCCCUUUUAGCGGCCCGGAGAUCGCUGCCUGUGAUUUAUUUUUGCGCCCCCCCCAUAAAGCCCCUGCCUUAAUCCAGCCCUGCUGCUGUGCAACACUACCAUUCCUGGCUUAUUAAGAACUUUUUGGCUCUUACGGAGGGUUGAGGAAGAGGUAUUAGUUACAGCGGGCCUGAUCCUUAGAGAGCCUGAUCCUGUGCAUCUACUGAGGAUCUGCAACCACAGUUGUAGUUAAUGGGAGCAGCUCUCAGGAACAGACAACAUGGAUAACACCUUAAACUUCCUCCAUGGUCGGCAUUGCAUUGCAGUGCUCAGCCCCUCUUAUGAAUGGGCCCAGAGUAACCAUAAUUGCUUUUAUCACUGCAGUCUCUAAACCUGCUAUUUUCUCUUUGCAACCAUUACUAUUAAUUAUAAACAACCUGUCCAGCUUUCUAACUGUAAAGGCAAACUAAUUUGAAUGUAUCAGACAAACUGGCUUUUGUUCUUUUUAUGUGCAAUUUUUUUUCAUUUUAAGAAGUUAAACCUGAUUGCUAGAGUUCCACAUUGUCCAUACAGAUUGCAUACAGCAUUUUAUUUGAGAAAGUAUGGAUUAGAGUAAACUAAGAACACUACUAGGUCUGCAAAUGCCAUCUGACUCCAGUGAUGGCAGGAUAUGGCCCUAAAAUAGUGAAGAGAGAAGUGUUAUUUACCCUUUCCCAUAAUACAGCAAUCAGGGCUCACCCAAUGAAAUUAAUAGACAACUGCUUUAAUACAAACAAGAGGAAGUACUUUUUCACACAAUGUUCAGUUAACGUGUGGAACUCAUUGCUAUGGAUGUUGUGAAGCCAACAGUAUUACUGGGUUCAGAAAAGAUUUUCAUAAGUUCAUGGUCAAUUGGCCCAUUAAUUGCUAUUAGCCAAGAUGGUCAGGGAUGCAACACCAUGCUUAGGGCCACCCUAAACCUUUGACUGCCAGAAACUAGGAGGAGAAGACAGGGGUGGGUUACUCUAAAGUCCCCUCUUCUGUCCACACUCUCUGAAGCUUUGAUACUGGCUUCUGUAGGAGUCAAGAUACUGGGCUAGAUGGACCAGUGAUCUGACUCAGUAUGGCUGCUCUUAUAUUCCUCUUAUGGGAGGAGGCUUCUAUUAUUGUAUUAGAUCUCUUAUUGUUUUUAUUUAGAUUUCCAGUAGGCUUCACUGUACUCUAAAGGCUUACAUAGUAUCUAUCUUGCAGAUAAUGUCAUCUGUUGUAACAUGCCCAUGAAUAAUUGCAUCUAAUCCUGCCCCCCUUGCUCAUUGACUUUAAUAGUCUACUUGAAUGAGAACAGCAAGGAUGAUUUGGUCCACAGUGUGUAACCAAGGUGUUAGAAAUGAUCGUUCCUUCACAGAGAAAUAAUUUUAAAAUAACUGAAUAUGUACUUAUGGGUUAUAAAUGCAGGAUUUGCAAUAGAGCUUUGCAUGAUAUAUUAUUCCUUGUAUUACACUAUAUUUAGUAAGUAAUAUAGGAAGAAAAGCUAUAAUGUACUGUAUUUUUUUCUCUUGAAAUCUUCAUUGGACACAAAAACUGUUUUACAUUUCCUGGAUUAGAGGAGUUAAAAAUAUGAAAUAUUUUGUGCAUAACCAAUUUGGAAGUCAGCUGCUUAACUAACAGCUUAAACAAUAACGAAUAUGAAUAUUUUGUAAGCAUUGUGGAGACUUUGAAAUGUGAAAUAAAGGUAGAAAUUAUAA